AUGAGCCACGGCUUUUUGACCGCCGCCGAGUAUGAGCUCCGGCUCGACCGCCUGCGUCAGCUCCUCUGCACCUCACUUCGGGAGUUCCGCUGUGUCAUAUGUCUGUCUACUCUGUCGGACGCGCACUAUGUCCCAUGCGGGCACUACUUCUGCAAGUCCCCCUGUCUGGAGCGGGCGGUCAUUGCCCGGAAGGAGUGCUCCAUCUGUCGGACGUCGGCUUCGGCCCGGGCGGCGCGGCCUGCCCCGACCGUGGUCGAUGUGGUGGCCUCCCUGGAGCGGAUGCAGGCCAUCUUCGAAGACAGCCGGUCCGAAUGCCUGUCGCAGACGGCCGAGGUGUAUCACCGAAUGAUGCGCCUGGAGCCGGAGAAUCCCCAGCUCCCCGCGGGGCCCGGCCGAGCUGCGCCGAUGGACCUCACGACGCUCUUCCGAUCUUGGGGGCCGGGCGUCCUGUGCCUGUCGCAGACGGCCGAGGUGUAUCACCGAAUGAUGCGCCUGGAGCCGGAGAAUCCCCAGCUCCCCGCGGGGCCCGGCCGAGCUGCGCCGAUGGACCUGCUGUCGCGCCUGCGCGAGGGCCUGCGCGAGAUGAAGGCCGCCAAGCGGCCGCCGUCCACCGACGAGCCGGAGGGGGCCACAUGCGCCGAGCCGCCAGCCAAGGUGCCGCGGCCCGAGCCGCUGCGGCCCCUUGCGCGUGAGACUGAUGACGAGCCCCCGGCCCGGGCCGGGCCCGAGGUGGAUCUCUCCUCGACGGUGAUCGUGGCCCCCGGCCGGCGGGCUGUGUCCCGGCAAACCGGCGACCCUGCUCGGGAGGCCGGGGACGAGUCGGCCACGCUGCCGACGGAGGAGGUCCCGGCGCCGGCACUGCUGUCUCCGGUGUCCACCGGCAGCACGGCCACGCUGGCUCUCGAGGAUGGGCUCCCCUCUGGCGACUCGGAGCCCCUCUUCCGGCUGGGUCCCCUGGUGGAGCCGCCCGCCGAGCAGGAGGCCCUGGCGCCCGCCGCCAUGGGCACCCUGCAUCCGGGCCUGAGUUUGGAAAGCGAGUCGGCCAUCUCCUCGGGCGGGGACCUGUUCGCGUCGCUGCUGGGCAAUCCCUUUGCCGGGGGGCCGGGCGUGAGUCCGGACAGUCGGCCGGGGAGCCUCUCCUCGGAUGCGCUGUUUGGGUGCUUGCCGUCGCGGGCCCCGGCCGCCCGGGGCUGGCACCCGGUGUCCAGCCAAGCGGACACCGUGGCCAUGGACAUGGAUCCCGGGGUGGGCGAGCUCCCGGCGGCCGGGUGCCCGCCUGGGGGAAGUACCACGGCGGCCGGCAGUCCGCGCAGUUCCUUCGAUGCCACACCGCGGGUGUACCACGACCACCAUGGCGCCGCCGAGGGGGCGGGCAUCUCGGCGACGGGGGGCCUGCUGCCGGAGCUGCUCCCCUCGCUGGCCCUGCUGCCGCAUGACAUUUCCCUUUCACACGGCAUCUCGGCGACGGGGGGCCUGCUGCCGGAGCUGCUCCCCUCGCUGGCCCUGCUGCCGCAUGACAUUUCCCUUUGUGACAUUGACCAGCUGCUGCGCGAUGCGGAGGAUCAGCUUGGCGGGCCUGGCCGGGCUGGCGUGUCUCUCGCGGGGGCGGACGCGCUGGCCGGGCUCCAGCGCGGAGGCACGCCCCCCCACAGUGGCCCCAUGUCGCUGACUCUCUGGGAGGAUGACGCCACCUCGGGGCCGGCCUCCGGCGCUGAGGACAAUGCCGGUGGUAGCCAUGAGGACAAUGAUGACAGCCUCCCGACCCUGCCGCUGUGUGAUGGAUUGGGGCUCGGCCCGACGCCGGUCGGGCGAUCACCGGGCACCGGGCGAGGAGGUCGCGUCGCGCCGGGGGCAUUUUCCCAGAACGACCCGGCGCUGGCGGCCCUGGGCCCGGCGCCCGGGGCGGGGGUCGUGGGGGUGGCCCCGUCCCCGCCGGGGCCCCCUCCGCCGGCGGUCCCCUUUGGCCACCCGGCUGGGCGUCUGACGCACUCGCUCUUUCAGGCCAUCACGGCCAUCGACCUGGAGCUGGGUCGCCUGCCGUCGGCGGACAUCGACCCGCCGCACGGCUGA